AUGUCGCCGGGACCGCCGGGCGGUGCCACGAGUCCGCCUGUGAUGAUUCCCGGAAGUGCACCGCCGUUUCAUCCGUCGCACCAUCAUCACUAUCAUCAGAACGCGCCGGGACGACUACGGGACCGGUCGCCAAGACUUUCGGUGAGCCAACCAGGUUCAUUUUUGUAUUCUGCUUCUGAAUUCUGACUGCUUCGUUCUUCCAUCUCCUCUCGUCUCGCCAUCUUAUCACCACCCUCACCACUCUCGCGCGUGUGCUGCCGGCUAGUCCAGUGCCUAUCGCUUUUGCCUUUGAAUCUGUCGACCAGGGUUCCAUCCCCAAUCGCUGGUAUCAUCUUUUGCAUAGUUUAUAAGAUUCUUAAACCACAUUUUGUAACAGCUGAGUGUCAAUAUUUACUCGUCUGGACCCUGGAAUGGUGUGAAAUUGUGAUCGUCUAGGGGGUCCCCCCCCCCCCGUAUAGAAGAAAAUAUCAAGUUUCAAAAGUCCCCCGCUGUUUUUCCUACCCUCACUUUGGCUCAUUGAGCACCUGAGAAGUCGGAAACGAACGACGGAACGUUACUUUUUUGUCUAGACUUCAUUUUAGGCUGAAAAUAGCCGUGAGCUAUUGGGGACCUAGGUCCCCCCCCCCUCGCGGAAAGUUGACACCUCCCCCCUUCCUGCUUCCAUUUCAAAUGGUCACAUGGUCCUUUUCAGUUGACACCCUCCCACUUUUCGCUCAUUUUUUUUGCAUUUGGAACCAACUUUUUGGGCGCUCAUCAUCGUCAUCUUCAUGUCAUCGAUGGCCGAAUGCAUUGAGCACAAAAAGAGCAUCCGAUGCUCUUCUCCUAUCAAAAUUCGCCAUCUUUUCCUUCAAUUUCCCCCCAACACACCCUAUUCCCGUCCAAUUUCCCGCUCUCUCUCUCUCUCUCUCUCUCUCUCUCUCUCUCUCUCUCUCUCUCUCUCUCUCUCUCUCUCUCUCUCUCUCUCUCUCUCUCUCUCUCUCUCUCUCUCUCUCUCUCUCUCUCUCUCUCUCUCUCUCUCUCUCUCUCUCUCUCUCUCUCUCUCUCUCUCUCUCUCUCUCUCUCUCUCUCUCUCUCUCGCGAUGUUGUAGCCUUCGUCAAGUGUGCCACGUGGAUUUUGUAGUUUUGUGUGCCCCCAACUAAUUGGAUUACGAAUGUUUCUUGGCCAGAAUCAACCUGUUUGUGAGGGGGGUGGCCUAGCUUUCUCCCAAGAUGAAAAUGUUAGGCCCCAUCUAGUCUAGGUCUACACACCUACCCCAACUUUAAAACAGAAGCAAACACUUUCCAAACUGAGCUCACACGUGCUUUCCAUCUUGCACUUUCUCUCUUUCUCUCUUUCUCUCUUUCUCUCUCUCUCUCUCUCUCUCUCUCUCUCUCUCUCUCUCUCUCUCUCUCUCUCUCUCUCUGCGCCCAUUCAACUUAAUCACUUUGUUUUUCUUUUUCCAAUUCCUGCCCACUCUGCCUUUUUGCUCUUUUCUUUUUUGCCAUUUCCGUGGUGAAAAGGUUCGAUUGGGAGCGUGUAAAUCGUGUGAGAUGGUCCCGGAGAUCUAGCACCUUGGAUCCUAGUCGAUUGGCUUCCUCUAACUUUUUCCCACAAGAAAAAGUCAGGCCACAACGUUCGACUUUUCAAAUUGAGCCACAGUGUCUCUCUGGGUGGCCGAACGUUCUCGGCCAGGUGAAAAGUUCGGCCAAGCGCACGUAGUGGAGCCGUUUUCUUCGUCCUUUCGGUGCUUUUCUCCGCGUGAGUGUGUCACAUUAUCCCGUCAACGAGAAGGGAAAGAAGAAGAAGAAGAAGUCACUCUUUCUUCUUCUUCUUCUUCUCCGUUUUGAUUGUUCAUUCUCGUUUCUUGCACACACUUCUGAAGAACACUUGUAGACGGAAAUAGGUGUUUUCGCCGUGCGGGAUUAGGUUCGUUUUGUCGGCGAGCGAGAGAAGCUGCUUUUGCACACGAAAAAUAUUGUAUAAUUGAGCGAGCGGACAAGUGAGAAUAGCAAUUUAGGAGCCGCAAAAAUGAGUGUACGUACUAAACGCACUCGAGCAAAAGAACGUGACCGCGAGGCGGUUCUUUGUUUCGCUUUUGUUCAACUCCUCGUGUGGUCUUCAGGUCGCUAGAGGAUCAGCAAAAUGAUGUGGCCUAGGUAAAGUUAGGCCACGAUUUUCGGCCUGAAACAUGUCUCUAAUUCUACUGUACUCUCUCUCUCUCUCUCUCUUUUCCUCUCCUCAUCCAUUCUUUUCCAUUUUUUUUGUUGUUGCGACGCAAUGAAUUUCGUUACCCGUUUUGCAGGCUGAAAUGCGCAAGAAUCGAGGCGUCGACGGCACGUCACCCCUCGGCUCGGCUUCUCCGGGCUCCGCGAGCACCAUUCAUCGCGGAUCCAUCACCCAGUGUAAGCCAUCUUUUAUUCCUCUUCUUCCUCUCCUUCUCUUUCUCUUUUUUCGCAACUCUAUCCACGUUUUGAUGGUUUCUGCGCUUUUUCGAUGUAUAUUUCUUCCCCAUGAAGCUACUGUCAGUCUCCUAUUUUCUAGUAGAAGAGUUCCUUGUCUCGGCUCUUGGUUUUCAACGCGUUUUUUCGUGUUCUCAAAGCGUCUAGAUGGCUAGAAUUUGAUCCAAAUUCUCAUUAAAACGCAGAUUCUGAACACUUUCAAACUCUUCCUUCCGCUAAAGGACAUACAUGGCUUUCAAAUAGAGUUUGUGCGUUUUGAGCUCUGUUGCUCUCAUUUUUGCGCCACUUUGUUGAGAAAAGUCGUUGAGAAGUCUAAUUUCUUCUUGUAAGCAACUCGAGAACAACCCAAUUAUCUUCUCGGCUCUAAAAGUUUCCGCGAAUAGUACCCCCACGCAAAGUUAAGCCUUCGAAUGGUGCAUCGACCAAGUGCCGGGUGUUCAAAUGCGUGGCCUAGAAACCCAAAGCUCGGCCAUCGACCAGAGAAGAAGUGAAUCUGCAAAAUAAUGGGAGAAAAAGAGCCUAAGGCGUUAGAAAAGGUGGUGCCAAAUUAAAAGUACUCAAUUUCCCCCCUCUUCUCAUGGUGCAUCAUCACAUUCCUUCCUUAUUCAAAUAUUAUGGAAAUUGUCUCUCUCUCUCUCUCUCUCUCUCUCUCUCUCUCUCUCUCUCUCUUCCUCUCUCUCUUUCAUUUCGCACCUACUCACUUAUUCGCAGAAAGAGUCACAUAAAUAGCAGCAAAAAGAAGGCAUAUAAAUUGAACUCAUUUCCCCCCCACUCUCUUUGUCUUUUCUUUUCUGGAUUCUGACCAUAUUCCGGUGUGUGUGUGUGUGUCUGGGUAAAUAAAUUGAAAAUUCAUGGGAAAUUCCUGGGCGAGCCAAAAGCAGCAGCCAAAAAAGAGACCGACAGUAGUGGUCUGGUGAGUGACAGCGGCGCCGCUACGAUCUCAUAAAAUAUCUGAAACUUUUGAGUUGAUGAUCUCCCGGAUCCUAGGACGGCUCCACCAUGGAUCUCGAGAGAUUGGCGCCCCGCUUGAUCAGCGCCGCCCUAAAUGCAAUCAAAACUCACUGGGGAAGGCGAAGAAAAAUGAAAAAAAGCCGGGGAGGGGGGCCGAAAGCGAAAAGAAAAAGUUAAUUUCCUCUCCACCACCACCACCCGUAUCAUUAUUAUAUUUCUCUUUUUCUCCUUCCGUCACCCGAUUAAUUUCUUUUCGCCACACGUUGUCAACCGACUUUGAGUGUCCGUAAAAAAGAGACACACACCCGGCGAGCUGUUUUUUUUACUUGGUGAGAGCCAAAAUAAACUGGCGCGCUUUGUUUAUGUCAAAAUCAUGCGUCCUCUAUUGUUUUUUUUGAGCUCAUUUUUAGCGCGACCAAUUUGGUGGCCUAGUUUUCUAGGGCCGCAAGCUUUUUCUAGGCCACCGUUUUCAAAUCCGGCUUCAUUGUUUAGUGUCCGAAAAAAAGUGUUUUUGCCACGCACCCCCCGUCUGCUAUUGUAUGUAAUUAAUCCUGAUGAACUUCUUUUUUUUGUGUUGUGUCCACGCUCUAUAUAAUCUGCUAUAUCGCUCGAUUUCUCAGGUUUUUGCUCUAUUGCUUGAGCAAAUUUUUCGUCGCCAGUUGAGUACAGUAAUCCUACCCGCUUGGUUUCCCAUCAAAGAACCGAUAUUGUCCACGUUUAGUGGUGUUCUUCUAAAGCGAAGCGGUGGGCCACCACCAGUUUCAUCUCUCUCUCUCUCUUCUUCUUCUUCUUCUUCUUCUUCUUCUUCUUCUUCUUCUUCCCUUGUUAUCAAAUUAUCGUGCGCUGUCUUCGAGUGAUAAAGAUGAUGAUGAUGAUGAUGAUGACCGGAAACCUUUUCUUCUUUCACUACACACACACACACACACACAAAUUCAUUUUCGUAUAUUGUAUGUUCACAACUUUUUGCUACUAUUGUCAGUUUGCGCUUUGAACCGCUCAAAGACCAAUUGGCUUGCGCCUAAUUUUCACUAAAAGCAAAGAGUGCAGAUCCCCUUAAUUUCCACCCAAAUCCAAUUUUUGACCGCCUCCCCCGGCCUACCAAAUUUCGUACCAAAAGCACACAAAAACGCGUCCAUCUUUUUGUGCGCCGCUCGCUUUUUACCACCAUUUCAUUGCAUUUCGAUCAUAAAAAGGGAGGGCGGCACUGAACGCUCUUUCUCUUUUCUCGCCUACAAUUUAUUUCAACGUUUAUUCCGCGCUCCGUUUUUAGUGGCGCGGAGGGAGAAAGUCACGUAGGAGUACGGUAGCUUGUACACUCGACGGUGGCCUAGAAAAAUCGCGUCCCUCGACGAUGGCCAAGAUGUGUCUGCAAUUUGUCGUAAACGAACAAGACGCGUUGAAAUUUCACACACACAAAAUUCGUGAAUUCUCACUAAUUCGAAUCAAAUCAAGUGUGUGUCUCCGUCCCUUCCGUUUUCUUUUCUUUUCCUCCUCACGCCCAUCCUUUUUUUUUCCCAACCAGACACGCACACUUUUUCAAGUUCCUCACCCCCCCCCCCCCUUUCCACAUUUCCGUUAUGAUUUUUGAAGCCACAUUUCCGUUAUGAUUUUUGAUGGUUUUCCGUCCGAUGCACCAUAUGUAUUCGCUCAAAAAUGGUGAUAUCAAGGUCAAACUGGGUCGUGUUGACCUUUUCAAUUAGUCGCGUGUUAACACCCGACCACACACACCUUUUUCAAACAACUUAAAGGACCAGGGAACCCAAAAAUGAUUUUUUGAUUUUUUUGUGAAAUUUUUUUGUGACUGUUUGAAUUGUCUCUUAUUGCCUCAUACACUGGUGAAAUGCUGCCUCUCAAACAGGCCAAUGAACGAAACGGCCGUGCAGUUGAAGUUGUGGCCGUGGCCUAGCGCCAAUGGCCUAGAAAUAUGCGCUUCUCGGCCAUUUUAUUUUUUCCGCUUUUUUACCGGUUUUUUUGCGAUCAAAUCGCCCUUGUUCCACGGAAAGCAGUGAAAAAAUUAGCAGUGAAAAAAUAAUGUCAAUCAACUGAAAAAUGGGAGAAACUGUGAAUUUUUGGAAAAAAAAACCGGUAAAAAAGCGGAAAAAAUAAAAUGGCCGAGAAGCGCAUAUUUCUAGGCCAUUGGCGCUAGGCCACGGCCACAACUUCAACUGCACGCCGUUACGUUCAUUGGCAUUUUUGAGAGGCAGCAUUUCACCAGUGUAUGAGGCAAUAAGAGACAAUUCAAACAGUCGUCACAAAAAAAUUUCACAAAAAAAUCAAAAAAUCAUUUUUGGGUUUCCUGGUCCUUUAAAAGAUGCACUCAUUUGCAGGCUCCAUCGGCUCGAUCGGAUUGCCAGUGCUCGGUGGACGUGGGCGUGGAGUCAUGUCGGACAGCCACAUGCAACGGACGUUCCACGAAGCGAUGCGGCAGCGGAGGACGAGUCUGCCCGCCAAUUCGCUGUCGUUGGGUGGCCGGCCGCUGGUAAAUUGGGUUCCAGGGGGGUUUUUGAGUGCUCCCAAAGUUCGCUUCCACGGUCCUGAGGGUUUGCGAUCGGCUAAACGCUUUUUUGUACGCAUUCUAGUAUGAUAAGUGUCUGCAGACGAACCGUUGCUUGCGAUUUGAUGAAUGGCUUCCGAUGAAAUGAUCCGAGAGAGAGAGGGAGAGAGAGAAAAAGAGAAAGAUGGGCGGUCCCUCCACACCAACCAACUAUAUAUUAUCAAUUUUGUUGCAGAUCACCGGUUCCUCGUUGAGCGAGGCGAAAGGACUCAUCGCCGACAUGCUGAUGAACAAGGAAUUGCCGGGCAACGUGAGCACGUGUCUCCGCGCCGUCGCCACACUUUUGGAGCAGAGACCGCUGCCGAUGAACGGUCUCGACUACGGUCUUCCGUUGGUCGUCGAGAAUCCCUAUGGCGGAGAGUCGAUGGUUGUCGGGGUGAGUCGCUGCUGGAGGGACUGUUGGCAGCGCGUGGCAGCGCGCGGCACGCGCGGCGUUGCUUUAAGACAAUAUAUCGCAGCUGGGCGGGGAGAUUUCAAAAAGUUGUCAACUAGUAAAUUGUUCUCUAAGACAUUCUCCACGUUUUUGCAGUUGACUGCGUUUUGAUAUCUUCACAAGCAACCAAGUUACAUCGCUUUGAAUGAACAACACCCCCCAAAUGAUUAGGCGAGAACUGCUAUUGUAGUCUUCUAAAGAUUUGGCAUCAAGUUCAUCGAUCCACCCCAACUCUUUCUAAUCCAAUUGGCUUAACAUUUAGAAUGUUUUCGCCCUAAUCGUCUGACAUCAAUCGGUUGAGGCUUAGGAUUAGAAGACCCUGAGGCACAAGUGUUCAAUCUUUCGAGACUCGCAUAAUAUCUGAACGAUCCAAACUUUUUCUCUUUUCUCUCCCCCCCCAUCUUUUCAGUCAUUUUCAGCCGCAUUUCGAAAAGAAAAAGCAGCUGCUGCCGCUCGGCGCCUAAUCCGAUUCUGACACACUUUUCCCUCUGCCCGUUUUUCACGUCUUCAAGCCUGUGCUUGCUUACUUUCACACACACACACACACACCGACACACACAAAUCACGCCAAUUUGGCGGCUCAUUCAUUGAGCAUGCGCUCACUUCUCGCCCCGUUUUUCUCCUCGUUUUUCCGCUCCGACCUAUUGUACAUUUCCCAUUUCCCCCUAUUUCGGUGCUCAACUUGUCGCAGACACAUUUUCUGGAAAAACUAAUGGGCUAGUCGGGUGCAGCUGAAAAUUUCCAGUCGAUUGAUGUGUACAUUGUAGCUGUUUUGUUUAGGUUUUAUCAAAAAAUUUCCCAAACAAAGAAUGUCACGUCAAAAUCUUGGCGAGCCGCCAGUUUAUCAUUACCCUUGCGGCAAGAAGAUCAGGGUGUCUGGGUGGCGCAGAGGUUAGCGUUUUGUCCGAAGCGCCAGAACGCUCACAGGUUCAAUUCCCGGCCGGGCGCCACCUUUUUUGUCUUUACGUUUAUGGAAGGGAAGGCAGAGUCCCUCCAUGAAAACUUUCUCACACUUUUUCCAAAUCCUUCCCCCCCCUCCCCGGUUUUCUGCUUUGAAGAAGCCUAGAAGUUCCAUUCAUUGCUGAUCAAAACUUUUUGGUCGAACAAUAGAUAGGGUGUGGUUUUCUUAUUUUUUUUUCAUUGAUAACGACGGAUUCCGUGGACUUUGCCCCACGCGAUCAUCGUCUUUUCAUCACCUUUUUCUCGCACGUCAAUCCGUCGUCAAGGGAUUAGCCGCUUACACACCUUUUUUUUUUUUUUUUUGAAGGGAAAGAGGAAGAGGGCUAGAAAGAGAGAAAGAGAGAGAGAGAGAGAACAGCAAAAAGUCAAUUUCCUGUUUUGAAGAGGUUCUAGAAAUGUGUGGACAAUGAGAAUGCUCCAUAUUGCCUUCAUCUUUCGGGGUGGGGUGGGGGCUAAGAAAUACAGAGAUGCGGGUCCUCAACCCAAAGAAUCCUUCUCCGUUUCUCGAACUCUUUUCUUCUUCUUCUUCUUCUUCUUCUUCCGAUUCGUUUCUCCACCUCUUCCUUCCCGAAACGUGUUCCAACGUCUGCAGCCAACUGCACACUUCCUCCUCCUUCCAACCAAUCCUCCGAUGCCAAUGAUGCACCACCAUUUGCCGCGAAGUUCGUCGGACCUGACGUCGUCGUCGGUCGUCCCGCCUCCGGCCACCACGACGCAUCCCACCCAACAACAUCAUCGGGCGUCGUCGUCGCGCGGUAGCCGUGAUCUCACGCAUCGCGGCAGUUCGUCGCGCAAUUCGACGACGUCGCUCGUCAAUUUCGUCGGUCAAUGUCUCGUCUGCUCGCUGGACUUUCGCUGCAAGUGCUGCGUCGAUUGUGCGCAUUAUAUGGUGCCGCUCGUCACGGUGAGUACAGUAUGGCCAGCCAUGUAAUGCAACUUUUCUAGGUGCCUAGAACAAAUCAAAGUGUCCUAGAACAUGUUUCAAGCAUGUGUCGCCUUUCAAAAUGUUUAUAAUUGUGUCAUCUGUUCUAGGCCCUAAAUGUUUGAAUUCUGCUGGUUCUAAGCAUGUUUUUCCAGACAAGCUGCUGUCGGCAAAACAUAUUUUAG